AUGAGCAUCUCUAACAGUCCUUGUGUGUCCUUGAAGAGUGACCGAUCAAAAGGCUUGAUAGUUGACUUUAAAGGAGACCAAGGUUCUGCUGUAAACACGGUCCAUCAGAAUAGAGACUCUCUUGAACAUGAACCCAGCUGUUUGUCCUUGAAGAGCGACCGGUCAAAAGGCUUGAUCGUGGACUUUAAAGGAGACCAAGGUUCUUCUUCAGAGAGAGUGGACCAGCAGAGCCCAGAGCCUCCCAGUGGUCCGUCUGUCCAGCAGCAUCAGACACAGCUGGACUCCAUCUUUCAGCUGCUGGAGGACAACAUUGUCCUGUUUGUGAAGAACGAGCUGAAGAAGAUCCAGAAGGGUCUGAGUCCAGAUUACCCAGAAUCCCUAGAGCAUGUGUUGGAGGGUGAGGAUGAAGAGCAAAGGAGCAGCAGAGAGGCGUUUGUGAAGAUCACAGUGAACUUCCUGAGGAAAAUGAAGCAGGGGGAGCUGGCUGAGCAUCUGCAGAGAAGUUCUUUUGCUGCAGUUUGUAAAAAGCGGCUGAAGUCUAAGCUGAAGAAGAAGUACCAGUGUGUGUCUGAGGGGAUUGUUAAAGCAGGAAACCCAACCCUUCUGGAGCAGAUCUACACAGAGCUCUACAUCACAGAGGGAGGGACCGGAGAGGUCAACGAUGAACAUGAAGUCAGACAGAUUGAAGCAGUAUCCAGGAAACCAGACAGAGCAGAAACAGCCAUCAGACGGGAAGACAUCUUUAAAGUCCCCCCUGGAAGAAAAGGACCAAUCAGAACAGUGAUGACGACGGGAGUGGCCGGCAUCGGGAAAACAGUCCUAACACAGAAGUUCACUCUGGACUGGGCUGAAGGCAGAACCAACCAGGACAUCCAGUUACUGCUUCCAUUCACCUUCAGAGAACUGAAUGUGCUGAAAGAGAGAAAGUUCAGCUUGGUGGAACUUGUUCAUCACUUCUUCACUGAAACCAGAGAAAUGUGCAGCUUUGAAGAGUUCCAGGUCGUGUUCAUCUUUGACGGUCUGGAUGAGAGUCGACUUCCUCUGGACUUCCACAACAAUCAGGUCCUGACUGAUGUUACAGAGUCCACCUCAUUGGACGUGCUGCUGACAAACCUCAUCAGGGGGAACCUGCUUCCUUCUGCUCAUCUCUGGAUCACCACACGGCCCGCAGCAGCCAAUCAGAUCCCUCCUUACUGUGUCUCCAUGGUGACAGAAGUCAGAGGGUUCACUGACCCACAGAAGGAGGAAUACUUCAGGAAGAGGUUCAGAGAUGAGGAGCAGACCAACAGGAUCAUCUCCCACAUCAAGACAUCACGGAGCCUCCACAUCAUGUGCCACAUCCCAGUCUUCUGCUGGAUCACUGCUACGGCCCUGGAGAACGUCCUGGAGAAAGUCCUGGAAACCAGAGAGGGAGGGGGGCUGCCCAAGACCCUGACUGAGAUGUACAUCCACUUCCUGGUGGUCCAGGCCAAACUGAAGAAGGUCAAGUAUGAUGGAGGAGCUGGGACGGAUCCACACUGGAGUCCAGAGAGCAGGAAGAUGGUGGAGUCUCUGGGAAAACUGGCUUUUGAGCAGCUACAGAAAGGAAACCUGAUCUUCUAUGAACCAGACCUGAGAGAGUGUGGCAUCGAUGUCACAGAGGCUUCAGUGUACUCAGGAGUGUUCACCCAGAUCUUUAGAGAGGAGAGCAGCCUGUACCAGGACCGGGUCUUCUGCUUCGUCCAUCUGAGUGUUCAGGAGUUUCUGGCUGCUCUUCAUGUCCAUCGGACCUUAAUCAAGUCUGGAGUCAACCUGAUGGAGGAACAAAAGAACACCUUCUGGUGGUUUAAAACAAGAGCUGUGACUGACCUCUAUCAGAGUGCUGUGGACAAGGCCUUACAGAGUCCCAACGGACACCUGGACUUGUUCCUCCGCUUCCUCCUGGGUCUUUCACUGGAGACUAAUCAGACUCUCCUACGAGGUCUGUUGGAACCAAAGCAAAGAAGAUCACAGAACAAUCAGGAAACAGUUAAAUACAUCAAGAAGAAGAUCAGUGAGGAUCUGUCUGCAGAGAAAAGCAUCAACCUGUUCCACUGUCUGAAUGAACUGAACGCUGGUUCUUUGGUGGAGGAUGUCCAAUGGUCCCUGAGGUCAGGACGUCUCUCCACAGAUGAACCGUCUCCUGCUCAGUGGUCGGCUCUGGUCUUCAUCUUACUGUCAUCAGGAGAUCUGGAGGUGUUUGACCUGAAGAAAUACUCAGCUUCAGAGCAGGUUCUACGGAGGCUGCUGCCGGUGGUCAAAGCCUCCAAGAAAGUUGUGUUGAGUGGCUGUAACCUCUCAGAGGACAUCUGUCCACUUCUGUCCUCAGUUCUCAGCUCUCAGUCCUCCAGUCUGACAGAACUGGACCUGAGUAACAAUGACCUGCAGGAUUCAGGACUGAAGAAGCUGUGUCCUGGACUGGAGAGUCCACACUGUCACCUGGAGUCUCUCAGGCUGUCAGGCUGUCUGAUCUCAGAGGAAGGCUGUGCUUCUCUGGUCUCAGCUCUGAGCUCCAAUCCCUCCCGCCUCAGAGAGCUGGACCUGAGCUACAACCAUCCAGGAGAGUCAGCAGGGAAGCUUCUGUCUAGAGUGGAGGAUCCAACCUGGAGACUGGAAACUCUCAGGGUGGAGCCUGCUGGGCAACAAUGGAUGACACCAGGUCUGAGGAAGUAUUCUUGUCAACUCACCAUCGACACAAACACAGUCCACAACGACACCAAACUGUCUGAUGACAACAGGAAGAUGACGUAUGUGAAGGAGGGUCAGUCAUAUCCUGAUCAUCCAGACAGGUUUGAUUACUGGCCUCAGCUGCUGUGUAGUGAACUUCUGACGCAUCGCUGUUACUGGGAGGUCCAGUGGAGAGGAAAAGUUUAUGUAUCAGUGAGUUACAGAAGAAUCAGAAGGAAAGGAAACUCUGAUGACUGUAGGUUUGGAAGGAACGAUAAUUCCUGGAGUCUCUUAUGUUCUGAUGGUGGUCGAUACUCUGUCUGGCACAAUAACAGAGAAACACCUUCCUUCUCCUCUUCCUCAGUCUCUGACAGAGUAGCAGUGUAUGUGGACGUUCCUGCUGGAACUCUGUCCUUCUACAGCGUCUCCUCUGACAGACUGAUCCACCUCCACACCUUCAACACCACAUUCACUGAAACUCUCUAUCCUGGGUUCAGGUUCUGGCCUGGGGUCCGUUUCACAAAGCAGGUUCAACAAACUCUGAGUAUAAUCCUGAACUCUUAGUUGAUCUACUCUGAGUUUUUGGUUCCAGACCAGCGGUUUAGAGUUAAUUUACUCAACUCUAAGUAGUUUCACCUGGAGUUAAGCGCGUGCGCCACAACUAUCAAAAGCCAGCAUCAAUUGAGCCCCGAUUCGACGAGUCACCAUGGCAAACGGCGACAACAAAAGAUCCACAUACUUUUUUCUUUUUUUUUUUUAAACUUUAUUUAACAUUUCAAUUCACAAAAUCCCUUCAAAACAUUAGUUUGCAUCUGAAAAUCCACAUACUUCACGCCACUGGAGUUAGAAGUGUUAAUACGUGCGAUUUAUCCUAUUACUUAAUACAUAUAAAAUAACUACAAAUGCAUAUAUAUAUAUCCUUUAUUUAACCAGGUGAAAGACUCAUUGAGAUUAAAACCUCUUUUUCAAGAGUGACCUGGCCAAAAUGGCAGCAUAAAAAGAAUAAAACAAUACAUACAAACACAGUCAGUCACACAUUCCGGGGAAACAAUAAAAACAAUGGUAAAGUUUACACAACGGGGCAGUUGCAAGAACCGAGAGAGCUAAUUUAUCUGUCUUUUAAAAUUUAUUUAAAUUUACCCAAGGAUACAUGCUCAACCAAUUUCAAGUCCUUCUGCGCAUCAUUCCAAGUUGAG